CCCGCGCCCCGCUCAGCACCGGCCGGGGCUGCCAUUGGCUCCGGCGGGAGCGCUGACCGCCAGCCGCCUCCGAACUAUUUCCUGUUGCUGCAGCGUUAAUGCUAAACAGACCUUGCUCUCUCUUCCCUCGCUCCAGCCGAAGUGCAGCGGCUCUGCCCCGCCGCCUUCCCGCCCCGAUGCCCAGCAUGUGCCAUCCCUGGAGCCGCUGAGAACUGCCAGGCACAAGGAUGGAGAGUCGCCGGAGGGACAUGGAGCUGCUCAGCAACAGCAUGGCCGCGUACGCCCACAUCCGAGCCAACCCCGAGAGCUUCGGGCUCUACUUCGUGCUGGGCGUCUGCUUCGGGCUGGUGCUCACGCUGUGCCUGCUGGUGCUGCGCUUGUCCUGCCGGCCCUCCCCGCGGCCCCCGGCGCGCCCCGGCGACAGCGAGGACGACGACGACGAGGACGAGGACGAAGAGGACACCGUGGACCGCGCAGCCUCUGAGUCGCUGCUGCCGGUGACCGAGAUCCCGCUGGAGAGCCACGGCCCCGGGGACGGGGCGCUGGCCGUGAACGUGUUCGCGUCGGCCGAGGAGCUGGAGCGGGCGCAGCGGCUGGAGGAGCGGGAGCGCAUCAUCCGCGAGAUCUGGCGCAACGGGCAGCCCGACAUCCUGGGAUCCGGCACCAUCGGCACCCUGGGCCGCGUCCACUACUACUGAGCCCGGCAGCUGCCCUGGCACGGUGUCUGCUCCCCCCACGGCUGAUCCCACACCGUGCCAGGAGCGACCGGGGGGACAGGGGGGCUGCCCCUGAGCUGCCUUGGACUGUCCCUGCAGCACGGAGAGCCAGACCCCGGUGUCACGGCUGGGCUCGCCCCCGCCGCUGUGGGACACGAUGCACUUUGAGCCAUUGGUACGACGGCUGGCACCAGCCGAGCAGCCCCGGGACACGCGGGGACAGGGACAAGGACAGGGCAGCCCUCGCUGCGCCGGGGUUUCACCCGUGGGGCAGGGCCGGGCUGUACGUCCGUGUGAGCCGUGGGCUCCCGCCCCACAAACAUGGUGCUGUUGUACACGAA